AUGACUGGUCGCGGAAGAGCCGCCGCUUUGCCGGCAAGACCAGUUCCGCCUGCAGACCAAACUCUUACAACCCGUCCUGUUCCACGACGCCGCAAAUUCAGCCCGCGAUCGUUUGGACCUGGCGCUGCCAGCGACAGUCGCGAUCGUGUUCAUUCGAUUCGCGACCUUUUGUCUUCGGCAGACGAGACAACUUAUAUACCCACACGCACGCAUGGGUUGACGGUAACGAGCUAUUCACCCAAUGGUGACGAUGUGCGUCAUCUACUCAAGGACUGCGCGGAUUGGGAGUCGGUGAGUUUUCGCUCUGACGAAAGAAUGCCACCACCUGAUCCUACUUGGGGUUUUGUAUUGUUCGUCACCGCAUAUGACGACUUGUCUCAAGAGCGGCCACCGCAAGCUGUUGAGAAUUGGACUCGUGUGCAGGAGCGCAAGCUUGAGAACGGGUACACACUACCUGUAUUCGCGACAGAGGCGUGGCAGCGUUUCAAGCUGGACAUUAUCGAAGAUCAAGAAGCGCUUGACGGAGCUUCGUAUGACCGUGUUCGUGCUGAAUUCCGCGCAUUGGUGCGAGACAAAGAGCUCUCAGACGAUGAGGAUCAGUUUCUACCCCCGGCACGAAACCAGGCGUGCAUGGUCCUUGAUGCGGCUGCAAUCACGAUGCUGGCUGGACUCAAGUUUCCUGAGGAAUUGAAAGACGACCAGACAGAAUUCGAAGACAAGAAGAUCAAAGUAGUUGAUGUCCAAUGGAACAGACCGCAAAGUACAACAAGCAGCUACAGGGGAACAGGUCAACUGUCUAUUACCGCUCUCGCACGAUUCUAUCAUCUUCUCACGUCAGGUCCGGAAGGCGGGUACAUGGAAGAAAUGCAUCCUCUUGACGGAGUGCCAUAA